UUAUGCUAUUAUGUCCUCUGCUUAUCUUGAUGAAGUUAACCUAUCCUCUUGCCGUAGGAUGUACAAUCUCACACUCCCGUAUAGUAUAUCUGAUCUGAAUGGCAAAUUCUCUAUAAAGUGGUCAAAAUCGAUAUGUGGGGACUGUGAAGCACAAGGCAAGAAAUGCAGACUGAAGAGAAACAGCAAGGAACCUGAAACCGAAUGCAUCAAUAAUCCAUCAAAAGGUAGUGCAACAACAAAGCUGGUGGUUGCAGGUGCAGUCACCGGUUUCCUUCUUCUAGUCCUAGCUGUCAGUGUACUCUACUAUGUGCACCACUCACGAAAACUAGAAGAAAAGAAUAAAAGAAAGAUUGAAAAAUUUCUGGAAGAUUACAGAGCUCUAAAGCCCUCAAGGUAUUUAUAUGCUGAUAUUAAGAAGAUUACAGAUCAGUUUAAGUACAUACUGGGCCAAGUAUGUUAUGGAACUGUGUACAAAGGGAAACUUUCUAAUGAAGUACUUGUUGCGGUGAAGAUCCUUAACAAUUUCAGGGGAAAUGGGGAAGAGUUCAUUAAUGAGAUGGCAACAAUUGGUAGAAUCCACCAUGUUAAUGUGGUUCGCUUGGUCGGCUUUUGUGCUGAUGGAAUGAGACGAGCUCUCAUCUAUGAGUUCGUACCAAAUGAUUCUCUUAACAAGUUCAUAUUUUCAGCUAAACAUUCACUUGGUUGGGAGAAACUUCAAGAUAUUGCUAUAGGCAUAGCCAAAGGAAUGGAGUCUCUUCACCAAGGGUGUGAACAAAGCAUCCUUCGUUGUGACAUCAAACCUCAUAAUAUUUUGCUAGAUCACAACUUUAAUCCAAAGAUUUCUGAUUUUGGUCUAGCCAAAUUAUGUUCCAAGGACCAAAGUGCUGUUUCUAUGCCUAUAGCUAGGGGGACUAUGAGCUAUGUUGCUCUUGAAGUGUUAUCCAGGAAUUUUGGGAAUGUGUCCUAUAAGUCAGAUGUUUAUAGUUUUGGGAUGUUGUUGCUUGAAAUGGUUUCGGGAAGGAAAAACAGUGAUGUCACAGCUGAGAACCCUAGCCAAGUAUACUUCCCAGAAUGGAUUUAUAACCAUUUGAAUCAAGGUGAAGAGCUGCACAUCAGAAUUAAGGAAGAGAGAGAUGCUACAAUAGCAAAGAAACUAGCAAUUGUGGGACUCUGGUGCAUUCAAUGGUAUCCAGUUGAUCGUCCAUCCAUGAAACUUGUGGUUCAGAUGUUAGAAGGAGAAGACAAUUUAACCAUGCCUCCAAAUCCUUUUGCGUCUACAAGUCCAACAAAUACAAAUACAAGCCAGUCAAGAACACCUCUUCAGAAAGAGCUUGCAGUCAUCUCAGAAUGAGAGUGGAAGUAAAUUUAGCUGGCAAAUUUUAAUACUCGAAUA